AGUCUUUGGUUGGGGAGAGGCCCCCAUGUGGGUGAUAAAGCGGAAGAUGUCCAGGGGAGUUGAGCCAAAUGGAUGCGAUGCGUGUGUAUGUAUGCGUGCGCGCGCGCCCCCCACCGAAAGUAGUCUCCUCCUCUUCUGGCAACUUGAACCUAUGACUGCAAAGCUCUCUUUACAACUAUCAACAGACUGCGAGUGCGUGUCUCUCUGUGUAGUGAAAGGGGGGUGCGGCAGCGAGGCGGGGGACACGCAUUUGAGGCAGAAGUCUCGGUGCGUUCCAUAGGCUAGGAACCCAGGCGUCCUCUCCUCCUUUCCACCCUUGUUUAUAGUGAACUGCCGUACAAAGUUGGAGUGACUGGUUCAGAAGACAUCUGUCCACUGCCUUUCUUCCUACGGACCAGCCCGUUGGGUCUCGGGACGGGGGUAGUAGGCGUGCAGAGCCCUGCGGAGCGGAUGGACUUGUGGACAGGUUGGGGAGCCCCGCGGGGUUCCUGCGGUCACCCGGGAGAUCCCGAAGGUCAGCUGCAGUGAAGACCCGAAGGCCGAUCCAACCUGUGCGGCUCUUCGGGGAGAAAGCGGGGGAAAAGGGGAAGGGGUCCUGCAGCUGAGAAUCGGAAGUUCGCGACCAUGGUCCCCAAAUUGUGGUUGUUCGUGUUCCUCGGAGCCUGCGCAUCUGGGAUCCCGCAUUGGGAUGGAGCUGCUCUCCAGGGCCAGAGGAACAGCUCCGGCCGGCUGCAGUGGGAAUCCCAGUGUCAGUACCAACUGCGCCAUCUUCAGGACGGAGCCAGAAUUACGGCGCUGCUCCCUCCAAGGCUGGAGGGUCACUGGAUCUCCACCAGCUGUGAGGUGCGUCCAGGGCCAGAGUUCCUCACCAGGUCAUACAUGUUCUACUCAAACCGCCUGUUUAAAGCGUACCAGUUCUACUACCAGGACCCUUCCUGCCGAGAACCCUUGUACUCCCUGCUCAUCAAAGGCAAGCUCCGCCUCCGCCAGGCGUCCUGGAUAACGCGAGGGGCCACAGAAGCCAGCUACCACCUGCACAAGGUCGGCAUCGUCUUCCACAGCCAGAGCGCUGUCGUGGAGAUAGCAGAGCGCAUCAAUCGGACAGGUGGCAGAGGCUGUGGUAAACUACUCCCCCCAGGGAGGUCCUGGAUUCCAGGCACUGUCUAUGAACUCCUGAGUGCCAAGGCUGAAAUAGACUGUACUGGGGCCCUGGGCUUUGCCAUGCAUGAACUCAGCCUGAUCCGAGUGGAAAGGCACUACAAGCUGCAGCAGAUGCCAGGCAGUAGGGUGGUGGAGGAGCUGUAUCUGGGUGACAUCCACACAGAAUGGUCAGAAAGGCUUCACUACCGACCCACCGGGUACCAACGCCCACUCCAGAGUGCCAUGCACCACUCACACCCUUGCCCAGCUUGUGGAAUCAUCUACCGUUCGGAUGAACACCACCCCCCAAUCCUGCCCCACAGGGCGACGUUGCCCCUGCGGCUCGGUGGUAAGUGGGUCAGCCUGCGGUGCGAGGUCCGGCCCGCGGUGCUCUUCCUGACCAGACUCUUCACGUUCCACGGCGGUAACCGGACGUGGGAAGGCUAUUAUCACCACUACUCCGACCCUGCUUGCCGACAGCCCACAUUCACCGUGUAUGCCUCUGGGCACUACAACAAGGGCACCCUGUCCACCAAGGUCAGAGGCGGCACGGAGCUGACAUUCCGGGUCACCCGGGCCCGUGUGACCCCCAUGGAUCAGGUCACGGCAGCGAUGCUGAAUGCCUCACACCCAGGGAGCUGCGGGGAUGCAGGGUCCUGGGCCCUUGGAGUCGAGCAGGACGUCACCCCAACCAACGGGUGCUCGCCCCUGGGCAUCAAGCUCCCUCAUGUGGAGUUUGAACUCUUUAAAAUUGAACAAGACCUAAGAGGACAAAGCCUGCUGUUCAUUGGAGAGAGGCCUACAGAUGGCUCCAACCCAGACAUCCCAGAGAAGCGUCCUACUUCCUAUCAGGAUCCUUUGGUCCAGUGUGCUGGAGCAUCUGGCGGCUUUUCUAGACAACUUCAUCACAGUCAUCAGCCGGAAAAAUAUAGUGGCAGGAACAGAUCAUCAAAAGUACAUUCUAUGGGCAGCCUACUUCUGAUCACAGCCCUGACAUUUUUAAGGUGGGACUUAAAUUGAUCGAAUUGUUGGCUCCCCAAGCAGGAGGGAAUUCCCUCUAGAAUCUGAGACAUGCCUCCAGGCACAUUUCCAAGAUCAGCACCUUUUCUAAUCCCCGAGACUUGCUUAAAUAUGGACAGAGGAAGGGUGGUAUUCUUGAGAUUAAACACAGUUUACAAAUGUCCACUCCCAAGUUACUGAGUAAUGCUGAUUCAGUUGAACUCAGCAGUUCAUACUAAACCUGGUGAUGUAAAUUAAAGAUGCUGCCUUGAGUUUUAAGUGGCCUGUAGUCAGAGGCAACCUCAGCCUCUCAAAGUGCUGCCAGAAUUCUGUGCUUCUCAAAUUCAAAAUUUCCACCCUAGAAAUGUCCAGCCUUCCAGGACCUCUGUUAAUGAGGUAGGGUUCUUCCUAAGGGGCACUCCCUUUGGUCUCAUUCGAAACUAAGGAAUUCAAAGACAUCUGAGACAGGUUAACCAGACACUACCCCUUCCAGAUUACACACAGGCAAGUUUACUAUUAACUUUUGUUUAACUCCCUUGGGCAUUUUAAGCUACUGGAUAGCCAAAAAGCUCAUAUGGAUUUUUGGCAUAGUUUUUUCUUCAUCAGAAAAUUUCCAUUUCUUUAAAUAUUAGUAAAAGAAUAAAUGGCAUGGAUAUCUUAUAGGUGGAUGGCUUUAGAUCCAUUUUUAUUAUUAUUUAGAUCCAUUUUACAAAGAGGUAAAUGGCAAAUCUAGAAAAUGAAUUUUGUUGUAAUUCUUUAGUUAUUUGUAACCAGUACCCAGAUGGAUAAGGAUAUUUCUUGGGUUCUUAACAUUUUUUUUUGUCACAAAAUCUCUCUUAGAAAGAUAUUUUCAAGUGCAUAAAACAAUAUACAUAGGAUUAAAAAGAAAAUCAAUUAUAUUAAAAUGUUAUUUAAAUAUUUUUAAAAGCCAUCAGGCUCCAGGUUAAUAACUCUUGGAUUAUUUGAUUCCUAAGAUUUUUUUUUUUUUAAAUCUUUGUAUCCACAGCAUCUUGUACACUAUAGAAGCUUAUUCCUUGAAUCAUAUUGUCAAGGUUCUUUUUGACCAAGGCCUACAAAUCUCUGUUAAACAACCUGAAGUGUGAAUUUACUUAUGUGGUACAGAUAGAGUGGCCUAUAAAUGGGGAUGAGGGUGGUGGUGGUGGAAAUAUAACUGAAGUAUCAUUUUCAUAUUCUAAAAAUUCCUCAAGCAUGAUGAACUCAAGAAGAAUUGAGAAACAUUUUAAUGAUUUCCUCCUUUCACCCUCCAUCCCUACUUUCAUCACUUACAUUACAUAUUUUAAGAUUCAAAUCCAGGUCUUAUAAGUGACUUUGUGAACUUGGAAUGAAGCCCCUUUCCUUUGCUGGUCUGGUUCCCUCAUUUGUAAAAUGAGAGGGUUUUUAGAUAUUUCUGAAGUUCUUUCCAGUUCUGGAUGAUAUGAUAGACCCAUUGUCUUUAAAGCAAGUACUGCUUUCCACUAGAAUUCAUCAUUCUGAUCCAUUUAUUUUGUUCAACUGGCAUCUGCAGAAAAAGCCUCAUUUGACUUCUCUGACCAUU